CGGGCCGACCGAUGGCCCCCGCCAUGGCAAACCCAACGACCGCGCAUCAAGUCAUUAACAUCAUUCAAACGUCGUCGAAAAUACGCAUCCCGACUCGUUGAGACAAGAGAUCAGACCAGUAUCACUCACGGCUCGGCACCUGGUUCUGCCAUCUUAUGGCCGCACAAUUGGCGCUUGCACCCGAGGAGCCUGAUGCUUCCACGCCUCUUCUUAUCUCCAAGAUCGCAGAGCACUCACACGAUGCCGAAACGGAGUGCGUAUCUGGUCUUGCUUCGCGGGCUUUUGUACUGCUCGUGACAGCAUCAGGACUGAUCUUAUUGGCUACGACAGCCCAUUCUGUUUCUGAUUUAGCACUUGCGAGAUACAUUUACUGUCGGCAAAAGUAUCCGGACUCUGGCCUACAACCCUAUAUGCUCGCUGAAGAAAAGCGCUGCUUUGAUAAGGAUAUCUCGCAAAAGGUGGCCUUCUUGAUGGGUCUGCUGCCUAUGGCGGAAGGAAUUCCAAAUACGUUUCUUGUCUUGCUAUAUGGCAAGUUCUCAGACACAUGGGGUCGACGUCCUAUAUUUAUUGCCGUGUCUCUAGGCGCACUGGUGCAGCUCUUGGCUAUGAUUGUGUCGGCCACGUGGCCCUCUAUAGGCGUCUGGCCCAUGUAUGUUGGCGCAAUCUUCUCUGGUUUGUGUGGCUCCGGUCCUGCGCUGAAGACGGCAAUCUGGUGCUAUCUUUGCGAGGUCCUCCCAGAAAAAUCGCGCAUGAUUGGCAUCAGCUGGUUUACAGCAAUGAGCUAUGGCACUUAUGUCGUUGGACCCAUCCUAGGCGCAUGGCUUCUCAGAUUUGGUCUCAGCACACCUCUGUGGUUUGGGGUGAUAAUGAUGUCUUUCGACUUGGUCAUUCUCUGCUGGCUACCUGAGAGCUUGCAAAAAUCGGAGAGCGCCUCAUCGGAAGAAGUCUCCACUUAUGUUCAAACUUUCAAAGAAAGUUUUGCUGGUGUGCGCUUGCUAUUCUCGAGGCGGACCGCAUUCAUUCUCGGAUCAAUCGCUCUCAUGUGGACCUUCACCACAGGAACUAUGUUGAUCUUCGUCCAGCAUCUUAUAAAUUACUUUGGCUGGUCGACAACGGAGGGAGCAAGUUUCUACUCUGCCUUCGCCUUGUCCAAGGUGACGGUCUAUCUCUUCGUUGUGCCUGCAGUGACCAGAUUUUGUCAGCCUCGCGUGCGCAAUUUCGAUUACAAGUUGCUCAAAUGGGGUAUAUUAGGUUUCGGUUCGUCCUAUGUCUGCUACGCUUUGGUUCGCAACACGUUAUUCUUGCCAUUCAUUAUUCUUCUACAGGCUCUAUCCUCACCAUUCACAGUGGCCAUGCGAAUAUUCAUUGCAGACUUGGCGCCACCUUCUGAGAUCGGUAGAGUCUUUGCGGCCAUUUCCCUUGUCGAGGGCCUGGGCGAUCUGUCCGGGCCUUUUGUCUGGAAUGGCAUCUAUGCAUGGCUAUUGGGCAAAAGCAAAGAGGCUUCGUCGCUAGUCUUUCUGCUCACAGCCUCGGUCUUCUUCGUGGGGCAUAUCAGCACUUACUUCUUGCCACGAGAUUUGCGACCAAGCAUGUCAGAGGCUUAAUUAGUAUGAAUGAUGAAUCCGCGAACCGCGACAGCAGAGAUGCGAUAGAGGACUGCGUGAAAUGCACCUGAGGUCUGUUGGAGGUCUCGUGCACUUUUGAGCUGAGAAAUUAGAAGAUUUAGCAAAUAUGAAGGGUAAAUAAGGGCAAAAAGUCUAUGAAUUAGCUGCCCAGCAGAAUUAGAAUAGUUGCAUGACAAGCCUCGAUCAACACAAAGUUGCGCCUUUCAGGACCAGCUUCCGAGAGGAGGGCCGAAAUGUUCGCCAUCUGCGACAAUCUUGCGAAUUGCU